AAUUGUUUGCUAUGUAACCAAGCUACAGGAAGUUAAACUUUCACCUCUUUGCAUAAUAUUGCAUAUAAUAUAGACUGUUUUUAUAGUUGAGAAGAAACCGUCAAAUACACCUAUAUUUUUGAUCAAACGUAUUACUGAAACAGAUUUUGAAGUGAAGUAUAUAAACAAAACAGAAAUUAAACCGUCAUUAUAAUAUUAACCAUGAAGAGUGGAAGUGGUAGAGCUACACCAGCUGACGAUACUACACAUUCUAAAAGUAAUCGUGAUCGUUAUAGAAGUCCAAGUGGAUAUAAACGAGUAUCAUCCCAUGAUCGAUUACAAGAUAAAAGUUUUGAUGAACCAUCUGGUGUUAUCUCAUCAACUGUAUCUGUUAAAGAUGACCAUCAGAGUACAUUGAAUAUAUUUACAGAAAAUAAACUUUUACCUGAUUGUUUUCCAAUAUUUUUAUCAAAACCAACACAACAAAUAUUUAAUAUUGUAACAGAUGAACAAAUUACAAAACAAUCACCAACAAUUUUAAUUAGUAAAUUAGAUAUUUUAAAAGAUUUACAAUUACGUGCAGCUGUAUCUGAUUUCAGUGUACAAAAAGCCGCUAUUCAAAAUUAUCCCGGUACUGAUAUUUUACUCAUUUAUGAUGCUGAUUAUCAAUUUGGUCAAAAUUUUAUUAUUGUUCUAUCUGAAGACAGUAAAACGCUUAUAUUGAAUCCAGUGAAACAAACAUUAAAUGUUCAAGUAGAAGAGGCUGAUGUAGAAGACGAAGAAGUCAAUGAAGAAGAUGAAAUGGAAGAAGCUAGUGAUUCAGUUGUAUUAUUUAAAUCAAAAUCAAAAACCGGUUGGAUUGAUCUUGGUUCAGAAAAAGAACUCGCCGAAAUGAAUGCUAUAGAAACACGUCCAAAAGUUUAUACUAUAUUUCAACGACCACGUCGUGAAUUUGGCAGCCCAUUGAAUCUACAGGAUGAAAAUGCUACACAGAAAGGUGCUUCUGAACGUAUCAGCCUGCAUGAAGAUAAAACAUUCAAUGUGCCUAUAUUAGAAUUAGAUAAAUCCGUAACCAAUGCAGAGACUACAUGUGAUAAAGGCACUAAUACAGAUUGGAAAUAUCCACGAAAUGCAUUCACUCAGUAUACACCAAGAAUAUUUACAGGAGAUGAAUUACAAGCCUUUUAUACAACACAUAAUACUGCCUUAUGUAAUAUAUCGAAAUUAUAUUCAAUAUUUGAACAAGGUUUAUUACAAAAUGCAAUGUAUAACUUCUUAUCAAAUGAUUAUGAGAAUCUGGCAUACGGUGAUGAAACAUACGAUACAAAAGCAGAUAGUACAUUUAAAGAAUUCUUAUCUUUUACUGAUUUAAAAUAUAGUAAAGAUAAAGCGAUAACUAUGAUCCAAUGGCAUCCAACUAUAAAGGGUAUUGUGGCUACAUCAGUUGGUGAACGGCUGAUCUAUGAUCAACGUGUUGACCAGUCAUCACGUAUCCUACUACAACCAACACAUAUUAUUCUAUGGAGUUUUAGUGAUCCUUUAAAGCCUCAGCUAUUACUCAAUGCACCUGAUGAUAUAAUCUGUUUCCAGUUUAAUCCAACCAAUCCAAAUUAUAUAGCUGGUGGUUGUGUCAAUGGACAAGUUGUUCUCUGGGAUAUUGAAAAGCAUGUUGAUGAUUUAAUCAAUGUUAAAAUGAAGUUGAAAGGUAAAAAUAAAAUGCCAUUGUUUGUAUUCGAUGAAAAUGAAUUGAAUAGAGUGCCUACAUCAUUUUACUCAGCGUUAAGUAAUAUUGAAUCAUCGCAUAGUAGCUCGCCUAUAAUGGAUAUAAAAUGGAUACCAGAUCAUUUAGAAAUUAAUCGAUUAGGUUAUUGUUUUGAAAAUUCAGUACAAAAAUGUAUACAAUUGAUGACAUGUGGUUUAAAUGGUGAAAUUUUAUUAUGGGAUAUAAGACCGGAUAAAUCUCCAUUGGCUAUUGAUAAAACAAGUGAUAUGAUUAGACCAGCUAUGAAUGUUCCAGUGACAUUUUCACCAUUAGAUAUGAAAUGGAAACCGUUAUUAAGAAUUCAUUUAUUUAAAACUGAUCCAGUUAGUGUUUAUGCACCAAUUAAAUUUUCUAUUCGAGAAAUGCAAGGCGAUCGUAGGAUACUACAAUCCUUGAAUAAAGAUAAAAAUAUCAAUGUUGUAGAUAGUACAACAAAACUACGUUCUUUACCGAAUGCAGACACGCAUAUCUUUGCUGGAACAGAUGAUGGUGAUAUUGUCUAUGUUGAUUGGAUGCCGCAUAAAGAUCAAGACACAGGGAAAAUGCAAACACCUAAACCAGAAUUUUGUGCUUCACGACAUGAUGGUCCAAUUAGCUUUCUUGAACGAUCACCAUUUGAUGCAACUUUGAUAUUGGCUAUCGGUGGAUGGUUAUGGACAAUAUGGAAAGAAGGUGUUACAAGUGGACCGAUUAUAGAAUCUGGUCAUGCAGUUAAGCCAUUAACAGGUGGAAGUUGGUCACCAACACGCCCAUCUGUAUUUUAUGUUUGUCGUGCAGAUGGUAGUUUAGAAGUAUGGGAUUUACUUGAUAAAACACAUGAACCUACAAUGAUUCAAUCUGUUUCCUCGAAUGCGUUAACAGCUGUAGCAUUAUGGGAUACACCUAAACGUCAAUUUAUAGCGACUGGUGAUACUCAAGGUUCUUUACAAAUAUUUAUUGUACCUCGACGUCUCAAGACUGCAUUACAGUUUGAAUUAAAAAAUUUCAGUGAAUAUAUUUCACGUGAAGUGAAAAGAAGAGAAUUUGUUAUAAUGCGUUGGAAUUUAAGAGAACAAGAAAGAAUCGAGCAAGAGGCUGAAAAUAAACGAAAGGCCGGUGUAGCUCCAGCUGUUGUCUUGACCGAAGAGGAAAUUAUUCAAAAAGAAAAGUUGGAGUAUGAAAAAUAUCUUUCAGAAGAACAUGCCUUCCUAAGAUCCUUAGGAUUAAUAGAAGAGAAUAGCGAUUCAGUCACUUAAAAGUUCAAAGACACGAAUUAGAUCCAAGUAUAAACAAAACAUAUAACAAUGUAAUUUCAAUAACAAUAUCUUCGAUGAUGAUGUAUAAAUGCAUGUCUUCCAAAUAAAUACUUCUAAAACCAAAGAAACGAGAAAUACUGCUUUCAUAGUUGUAUAUAGAAGAGUUGUAUUUUAAUUUCAAAAUUUUAUUACGAUUAUUCCAUCAUUAUUUCUAAUCAUAUAUAUACAUAUAUAUAGGUGGACAGAUUUACAAACAGCUUCUGUGUAUUAAAAUGUUAACCUUUAAAUUAG